GAAUAGGAGUAGAAAGGAAUACGGUCAGCCAUCGCCCUUGACGCAUCAUCACUUCUAGAAUGUUGAGAAUCUACAUAUACCCCCAGCACCAGAAGUUCAGAUCAGAUCGUUAUUUGACUGUGGCAGAGUUGUUAUCAAGAGGAGAAGAAACACUGAGACAAUGACGGCAUACAUUGACUUCGACUACAAAAAGUCUGAAAUGAAGGAUUUCUUCCUCACUACCCUGGAACAAACAUGUAGGGUUCAACUGAAUGACAGCGAGGCGAAGAUCACCCGCAGUACAUCUGAGGGGAGAAUCCUCCUGGACGUCCAGCAGGACGGUCUGGGCAAUUUCUUCGAUUGCCUUCAUGAUCAGCAGGACAUCAAUUGGGGCCAAGAGAAGGACCUGUUGCAGAGGGAGAUAUCUGGCCUGAAAGCCCAGCUCGAUAAGGCUCAGGCUAAACGUGACCAUUCUCCAUCUAGGGAUAAGUCCCUGAAAUCGGAGUUGGAUAAGCUCGGCUCGAUGCUGAACAAGGCUCAAAAAGACCUGAGCAAGAAGGACGGCAUCAUCAAGAACAAGGACUUCCAUUUGAAGAAGGUUGGCUCGAUGCUGAAAGAUGCUAAAAAAGAUCUGAGCGAGAAGGACGGCAUCAUUAAGAGCCAGGACUUCCAGUUGAAGAAGGUUGGCUCGAUGCUGAACAUCGCUAAACAAGACCUGAGCGAGAAGGACAGCAUCAAUAAGAACCAGGACUUCCUGCUGGAGAAGGUUGGGUCGAUGCCAAACAAUGCUCAAAAAGAUCUGAGCGAGAAAGACGGCAUCAUUAGGAGCCAGGACUUCCAGUUGAAGAAGGACGGCUUGAUGCUGAACAUCGCUAAACAAGACCUGAGCGAGAAGGACAGCAUCAAUAAGAACCAGGACUUCCUGUUGGAGAAGGUCGGCUUGAUGCUGAACAUCGCUAAACAAGACCUGAGCGAGAAGGACGGCAUCAUUAAGAACCAGGACUUCCUGUUGGAGAAUGUCGGCUUGAUGCUGAAGAUCGCUGAAACAGACGUGAGGGAGAAGGACGGCAUCAUUAAGUGCAUGGACUUCCACUUGAAUAAGGUUGGCUCAUGGCUGAACAACGCUCUACAAGUCCUGAACGAGAAGGACGUCAAAAUUAAGCACCAGGACUCCCUCUUGAAGAAGGGUGGCACGCUGCUGAGCAACGCUCGACAAGCCCUGAUCGAGAAAGACGGCAUCAUUAAGAACAAGGACUUCCAGGUGGAGAAGAGGAAUGAGGAGAAUGAGGCACUUCAAAAGGAAUUGGAGGAAAAGGAGUCUGUGCUCCUCGCUGAAAGGAAGAUGCUCGCUGAGGCUAAAACAAACAUGGAGUGGGAGAUGGAGAGCUUGCUCGAGACUGAGAGGGAAGAACUACAAGGACAGCUCAGCAAGACAAAGGCGGACCUCCAAAAGGAGAAGGAUGAGGCAAAGACCCAUCAAGCCCAGCUGAAGGAGCAGAGAGCAGAGACAGAAAAACUCACAGCAGAUCUGAAAAAGUCAGAAGAUCUGCUGAAGACUGAGAACCACUUAUUUCUGACGAGGAUUGCCACCAUCCAUAAGGAGAAAGACAAAUCCAUGUCCAACUGUCUGCAGGAAAUGGAAGAACUCCGAGUCGAUAAGAGUAAGAUCAUGGCUGCUCUAAAGUACGCUAAGCAGGAGCUGAAUUCUGUACAUCUCAUGUGGCGGGAGGGCAAGUCUUCCCACUUGGCAGAGCUGGAAAAAUCCCAGCACUCCCACCUUGUCCAGCUGGAGAUGCAGGACAAGGUGCACAAGACCAUCACCGCUGAUCUGAAGACAAAGUUUGAAGAUCAGCUAGCGAGUGACCGUCUCUUCUGGCAGCAGAAAAAAACCUCCCUGCUGGAGGAGUCUGAGAAAACCAGCGCCUCCUUUAUUGCUCAGCUACACGAGCAAAAACAGAGCAACGACACCCUCGUGGAUGUUCUGGAGAAGGCUGCGCAGCAGAUACAGAGUCAUAGCAUCGAGUGCCAGGAGUUAUCCCUCCUUCAGACCAAGGCCGCCGAAAGCGUCCAGCAGACUCUGCAGGAGAAAGAACAGGAGUGGACGACCACUGAGAGCUCCCUGAGGAUCCAGCUGGAAGAUCUUGAGAGCCAGAUCGCCAAAAAAAAGAGGAGGACCAAGUGGUACCGGAAGCUCUUCUAAUGCCACGCUCAGGAGAAAUAAAAUGCACAUACACAUACAUUUGUUCUUUUAUUUUGUAAAGUGAAGUGAGAUCACUUUUCUGGUGUAAAACCAGUCCUCACAAAGAUAUGAUUACUAAUGCCAACACAUACAUAUGCAUUUGUUCUUGUAUAAUUGUGAGGAUCAAUCUAUCUUGACCCCCUAAACAGCACUUGUGAAAAGGGUUGUUUGAGGGUUGACACUUUAUUUUACUCAUGGAAAGUGAAGUGAAUUCACUUUUCACGUGUAAAACUGAUCCUAUCUUGGAAAUAAAAAAAUAAAAAAUGGUAAUUCUA